AUGUCGGACGACGGGCACCACGUAUGCCAGCGAUGCAGCCAGGUGAGUGCCCCCCCGGCGUGCCCCGCUCACCCCCAGCCCCUCCAACUCGCCCCCCUCUCCCCCGCCCACUACAGCCUCAUCUCCUCCUCCCUCCCCGACUCCCCCGCAUCCUCCAUCGACGACUGGCCCCCCUUCGAGAAACUCGCAGCGCUACCUCCCUCAUCUAGGCAGUCCGCAAAGGUAUGGGCAGACGCUAAUCUGUCUACGCCCGGGGCGGGGUCUAGUAGGCAUGGCGGGCGGAGCGUCGCGGAGAGCUUUAUCCUCUUAUCCGACUCGGCCCUAUAUCCCAAGCCUUCUCCAAGUCCGUCUAUCCAGAACCCACCGCACGCAUCGCAUUUGUCUGCACAGCUGCACUCCAUUCUCUCUGGUAAUACGCCAAUAUCCCACCCGCUGUGCACAGAGUGUACCGCCUCUCUGACCGCCGAGUUUCAGAAGAAAGCGGAAGAGCUGGGCAAAGAGCGGGACGCCUAUAUAGGCUUCGAACAGGGGAUAUUGCGGAACCGUGAAAAGCUAAAGAGCAAGGUGCCGAGCAAGGCUAAACCCGGUCUGGGCGGGCACGACGUCGAAGGCACAGAUGCAGAAUGGGCCGCCCUCACCCGGCGCAAGAAGGAGCUGCAAGACGAGGAGGAACAGCUAAAGGCCAUUCUCGAAGGCAAGGAGAAGGAGCUCGAUGUUGCCGAACACGAAGAAGAGCUCGCCAAGGCAGAAGAAGAAGAAGUCGAGAGGGAAGAGAACGACUUCCUCCUCUCCCACUCUGCCCUCUCGACCCAUCUCUCUCAUCUCACCUCAUCCCUCAAUACCGCCCAAACAUCCCUCCUCCUCUCUCGUACCCUCCUAGCGCACCUGGAGUCGACCAACGUCUACAACGACGCGUUCCAGAUAGGCCACGUGCCUCUAUCACCGUCUUCGUCGUCGAAUGUGACGGUGGGGACCAUCAAUGGGCUUCGUCUAGGCGGCAGGCCGGUGGUAGAGUGGGAAGAGAUCAAUGCGGCUUGGGGUCUCGUUGCUCUGUGCUUGCAUAGGAUCGCCGACAAGGUCGGGUGUGUUUUUGAUACAUACAAAGUAGUGCCACUCGGAUCAUACUCUCGUAUAGAAGAACUCCCCCCUUCCAAAUCUUCCUAUGAGCUCUAUGCGUCCUCCGACAUUACUCCCGCUCGUAUUCUCCAGAACCGCCGAUUCAACCACGCCAUGAUGGCUUUCCUGGACUGCCUCAGGCAGUUGAUAGAGUUUGGCAAGAAGGAGGACAAGGCCUGGGCGAUGGGUAAUAUCGAGAUCCACAAGGACAAGAUAUCCAACCACUCUAUCCGCCUACCUGGAAUAUCAUCCAUGCCCCUCGGCCUUCCGUCCAUGUCCAUCAUGGGUCUUGGAGUAGGCGAUACGUCUGCCAAAGACAAGAGCUCUGCUAGCGACGCCACAGCUGAAGAAGCCUGGACACGCGCGUGCCGCACAGUCUUGGGCGUACUGAAACGAAUCCUGGUCAUGGAGAGCGAAGCGGAUAGAGGCGCCAUUGGAGCGUAA